AUGAAGUCACUGGAACCUAGUAGAGCUUCUGAACCUGUAGCUGGAGAAGAGUAUCACCAGCUCCUCCUGAAAAGCACGCAGCCGGCAGAAGAUCUGGAUACCAAAGAGACUGAGAUUCUACGUGUGCUCAGAGAAGAGAGUCCCUGCCAUGGAUCCUCUCCUUCCCGCCAGGUUUACCAGAUGACCCUGGAGAUAGGCUUCCGGGUCCUAUCAGGCGCCCUUUCUCCUAUCAGCCUCCGGCAGCUAUGGACCUGCUGGCUCCACCCAGUGUACAACUGCCUGGCUCCAAGCCUGAAGCACAGUCCCGGCCUCCUUGCAGCUCACAGGCAGCUGGAGAGGCAGAACCAGCUUCAGCUCCAGUGUAAUGACUACCGUGACUGCAGCAGAGCGGGGCUUCCAUGCAGGGAGGGGGCCGUGAAGGCGGGAGGAGACAAGGCCAAGUUAUCUCUCAGCGACGGAAUGGCUUUGGCUGUGAGCUUCGUGUGGGCAGGGCUCCCCAGUUCUGUGGAACUGACUCAGGGAGCCCAGGAGCCCAGUGCUAGUCCAUCUGCAUGUGGCUCUUGCACCAAUAGCUCAAGCAGGAUCUGUCUGUAUCACCCCAGGCCACGGGACCUGGAGCACCUUCCUGUGGGAGGAGUGUAUUCCCUUGCUUCUUCAGCUUUAGGCUUGGAAGAGGGUGGGAGUUGUACACGCCAAAUAAGGGCCAUUGUGGACUUCUGCUUUGUGUCUUUGUCUGUGACCAUGAGGAUGGAGCCGUAUCCUAAGAUGGUAGCAGAGACCAUGCCAAAGAAGGUAGCAGAGACCAUGCCAGCCAAAGACUCAACAGGGAUGCGGCUACCUCAACAGACAGCAAUGUGUGGACCUAGGACCCUGCAGGAAGUGAAGCCCUUUCCAAUUACCAAUGCGGCUGGGGGUAAGUCUCACAUUGUUGAGUCAGCCCCAGAAGAGUGGAGUCCCAUUUCAGAAGGUGACAACCCUCACACCAACAACUGCACAUACUUUCUUACAGGGUUGGAUACCUAUAACACGCCUGCACGGAUUUUUGUCAACCGCAGCCUGGCACUGGGGAAGAUUCGUUGCUUUGGCUUCGACAUGGACUACACUCUGGCUGCCUACAAGUCCCCAGCCUAUGAGGCCCUGGCCUUCCAGCUGCUGCUGGAGCUCCUAGUGUGCAUUGGAUACCCACAUGAGAUCCUGCGCUACACCUACGACCCCACCUUCCCCGCCAAGGGGCUGUUGUUCAAUGCGCUCUAUGGGAACCUGCUGAAGGUGGAUGCCCACGGGAACGUGCUGCUGGGUGCCCAUGGCUUCACCUUCCUCUCAGAGGCAGAGAUCUGGAGCUUCUACCCCAACAAGUUCAUUCAGAGGGAUGACCUGCAGCGCUUCCACAUCCUCAACACGCUCUUCAGCCUGCCUGAAACCUACCUCUAUGCCUGCCUGGUGGACUUCUUCUCCGGCUGCUCCCAUUACACCAACUGUGACACCAGUUAUCAGCAUGGGAACCUCUUCAUGUCCUUCUGAAGCCUCUUCCAGGAUGUGACUGAUGCCAUGAAUAAUGUCCACCAGUCGGGCUGUCUCAAGAAGACCCUGGAGGACUUCGAGAAAUAUGUGGAGAAGGAUCCACGCCUCCCCAUCCUGCUGGGGAAGAUGAAGGAGGCUGGCAAAGUGUUUCUGGCCACCAACAGCAGCUACAACUACACCGAUGCCAUCACCACCUACCUGUUCAGCAUCAGUGAGGAGAGUGCUGAAGCCUCGGUCAGGCCCUGGAGGUCCUACUUCGACCUGAUAGUGGUGGACAUGCAGAAACCCCGCUUCUUUGCAGAGGGGGUGGUCCUGAGGCAGGUCAACAUGGACUCAGGAAAGCUCCGCGUGGGCACCUACACAGGGUCGCACCAGCACUGUGCUGUCUACUCUGGAGGCUCAUCGGACAUGGUGUGCGAGCUGCUUGGGGUUCAGGGGAAGGACAUCCUGUAUAUUGGGGACCACAUUUUUGGGGACAUUCUGAAGUCCAAGAAGCAGCAGGGCUGGAGGACUUGCCUGGUGGUUUCUGAAUCCUGGGAGCUGGACAUCUGGGCCUGGGAGAAGGAGAGGUUGGAGGAGCUGAAGAGGCCGGACACACACCUGGCAGACAUAUACCAGCACAUGGAUGAGAGCAGUUGUGAGCUGCAAGUCAUCAACUUUACCAAGAGAGAGAUCCAGAUGCCACAUGAGUCAGUCAUGGAGCAAGAACGGGCCAGUCUGGACCCUGCCUCCUGCCUCCUCUCCUGCAGCCAAAGGGGUGAGGGCAAAGAGAGAAACGAGGACCAGGAGAGUUACAUCGAGGCUGACGGGGUCCCAGACAUGGGCCAGCAUCACGGGUCAUCAUUCCACUUGAGAUAUUUUUCAGAUAACAGAAGUAUAGAAGAAGGAAAAAGCAACUGUAUUGAAAUCUCCUAA